AAAAUAAUUUAAGCAUUUUUAUUUAACAACAUUUAUGCUUGGUGCAACACAGAAUAUAAAAGCACGAGUUCAGCCGGCUCGGCUGAUGUAACAUUAGUGUAACACAUUGAAAGUGUUUUUGCCCAUAGUUUUGUUUACAUAAAUUUUGUUGCCGAUGUCGCGAAGCUUACAGCUGAGAAUUUGAAUCUGCAAUCUCUUUUUGUAGACACGAAAAUGUUCGCACGCUUGAAAUGGAUGAGGGCGGCGCGGGGUCCUCGUCAACUGGCUCGACAAUACAGCAAAGUAUCCAGCACGGUUGAGGAAUUGGUGAGCACCAGGGCCAAGCCAAAGGAGGCGGAAGCAUUGUCCCAUGUUACAAUGCCGCAUAUAAUCACACAACGCGAUCACAAAUACAGUGAGGGCAAAGUGUAUAAUGGAUUCCAAUGCGAACGUGUCGAGCAUAUUGCAGACUUUGAGCUCACCUCCUGCACGCUGAGGCAUCUGGGUACGGGCACAGAGUUUUGGCAUAUUGAUCGGAAUGAUACAAACAAUGUAUUCUCGAUUAACUUUCGGACAACCCCGUUCAAUUCGACUGGCUUGCCCCAUAUCCUGGAGCAUUUGGCUUUGUGUGGUUCAAAGAAGUAUCCUGUCAGGGAUCCAUUCUUCAAGAUGCUUAAUCGAUCGGUAGCGACGUUUAUGAAUGCGAUGACUGGACCAGAUUACACACUGUAUCCGUUCUCAACCAUGAAUGAGACUGACUUCCGUAACUUGCAGCGGAUUUAUCUGGAUGCUGUAUUUCGGCCUAAUCUAGCAUAUUUAGAUUUUCUGCAAGAGGGAUGGCGACUGGAACACUCUGACCUUCGUAACCGCGAAUCUGAGUAUAUCAUAAAGGGCGUUGUAUAUAAUGAAAUGAAAGGAGCUUUCUCAGAGAAUUCGCAAGUGUUUGGCCAGAAUCUUCUCAAUAAUAUGCUGCCCAAUCAUACGUAUGGCCAUGUCUCUGGUGGCAAUCCCUUGGAGAUACCCAAACUAACUCACACCGACUUGGUAGAGUUCCAUAGCAAGUACUAUCACCCAAGCAAUGCGCGAAUCUUCUGCUACGGUUCCUUUGAUCUUGACAAAACACUCCAGCUGGUGGAUAAAGAAUAUCUGUCACAAGCGGAUCGAAUUGACAAUUCAUAUAGUCGGAUACCAUCGCAACCGCGUUGGUCGCAGCCUCGAAAUGUGCACAUUUCCAGCCGUUUGGACACCAUGGGUGCCGCCUUUGAAAGGCAGAAUCAAAUUUGCAUUGCUUUGCUUAUGUGCGAUAUUACGGAUAUCCAAGAAAGCUUCGAGUUGAAUGUUCUCUCCGAAAUACUGAUACGUGGCCCCAAUUCAGUUUUCUACAAAAGUCUGAUCGAGCCCAAUUUUUCGGGUGGCUACAACCAGAGUACUGGCUAUUCGGGUGACUGCAAGGAUACGGCUUUUGUGGUGGGCCUGCAAGAUUUGAAGGUAGAAGAUUUCACAAAAUUUAACGAGCUCUUCGAUCACACAGUGAGCAAAGCCAUCAAGGAAGGCUUCGAACCACAGCAUGUCGAGAGCGUUUUGCAUAAUUUGGAGUUAUCGCUAAAGCAUCAAAGUCCACAUUUUGGUAAUGCCUUGCUGUUCAACUCCACCGCCUUAUGGAACCAUGAAGGUGAUGUUGUAGCCAACUUGAAGGUAUCUGAAAUGAUUGCGCGACUGAGAGACAAUCUGAAACAGGACGAAAACUAUUUGCAAGGCAAAAUGGCGAAAUAUUUUGCCAACAACAAGCACAAACUCACACUGACUAUGUCUCCAGAUGAAUCGUACGAAGAGAAAUUCAAGUUGGCCGAGGCCGAGAUGCUAAAACAAAAAGUCAAUGCUCUUGACAAGACAGAAUCUGAAAAAAUAUACCAGAACGGCCUAAAACUGGAGGCGUCACAAAAAGCAGUGCCGAAUACGGAUUUAUUGCCCUGCUUAUCGCUGAGCGAUGUAACCGAACCACCGAAAUGGCCAUUAUUAAGUAGGCAAAGCCUGCAGAAUGUGCCCGCCCAGUUGUGCCAGGUGCCGACAAAUGAAAUAACCUAUCUCAAAUGUCUGUUCAACAUCACUGGCCUAAGCAGUGACGAAGUGAUGCUUGUGCCUUUGUUCUGCAAUGUCGUCAAUGACAUGGGCACCACCAAACACGAUUUCCGGGAAUUCGACAAAUUGGUGCUAUCAAAGACAGCUGGAAUCGAUUUCAAAUUGAAUUUCGUUGAGGAUGUUAGCGAUGCAAAGUCAUAUCGUCUCGGUUUAAUGGUGACAUCUCAUGCUCUUGAUAAGAAUGUUCCCGACAUGUUUGAACUGUGCCAAGAGUUGCUGUGCAAUUUCCAAUUUGAGGACACUGACCGCCUUAAGAUGCUGGUCGAGAACUAUAUUUCGAAUAUAUCUGUGGGUAUAGCCAGCUCCGGUCACUUGUAUGCCAUGCUGAGUGCCUCCGCUCUGGUUAGUGAUGCAUCCAAACUAAAGUCCCUUCUCUCCGGCGUAGAUCACAUUCGCUUCAUGAAGCAGUAUGUAGAACAAAACAGUACAAACGAUAUUCGUGACAAAUUACAGGCCAUUGGCGCCAAGGUUUUCAACAAAAACAGCAUGCGGGUGGCCAUCAACAGCUCGGAGGCGUAUCAGUCAACAGCCGUGAAACAUUGUUCCGAUUUCCUAGAGACAUUGCCCACACUUGAGACUACAAAGACCAGCAGUAAAUUGCACUUGCUGGAGCCCAGCUGCCAACAUUAUGUGAUGAACAUACCCGUAAAUUAUUGCGCCAAGGCCUUCUUUGCAGUUCCAUACUUGCAUGAAGAUCAUCCGACACUUCGUGUGCUGGCCAAGCUAUUGUCGGCGAAGUAUUUGCUUCCAGUGGUGCGGGAACAGAAUGGAGCCUAUGGAGCUGGGGCCAAGAUCAGUUCCGAUGGCAUUUUCACCUUCUACAGCUAUCGUGAUCCGCACUCGACUAAAACCCUGGAUGCCUUCGAUAAGACAUAUCAAUGGUUACGCGACGAGACAAACAAAUUGGAUCACGAGACACUGUUUGAGGCAAAACUCGGUGUACUCCAGCAAUUAGAUUCACCCAUUGCACCGGGCAAUAUUGGCAUUGAUUAUUUCCUAUAUGAGGUGUCUCAAGAAAUGUUUGUCAAGUAUCGCACUCGUAUGCUGGCCGUGACAUUGGAUGAGCUGCAGGCGGUAAUUGAGAAAUACUUUAAGGAGCAGCCGAAGCAUUUCGGUAAAUGCAUUUUGGGUCCCGCCAACGAUAAGCUCGAGGAGGAAACCAAACAGAAAUGGAAGACAAUUGCCUAGAGUUUAGUGUAUUAACAAAUUGGACAAUAUAUAUUGGAACCCAUAUCUCUAUGUCUGUACUUUUUGGCACUUUUUUGUUACAAACAUGUGUUCUUACUUUUACAUAGACGUAGGUCACUUGUUAAUUAAUUAUACAUACACAAAACAACUAUUCAUUAUUAAUUCAGAUAUAAAUAAUAAAUUGUCUCUUCAGGCUUUUAGCUAUGA